AUGGUUGCAUUGAGUUCCGAAGCUUUAAUUGCAAUAAUAGUGAUUGUUGUAGUUAUUGUUAUAAUUAUUGUAAUCAUUUUAAUUUGUUGUUUAUGUCGAAAAUGCGAACAAUGUGCCAAAUGGUCACGACGAAAAGCAUAUGCACGAGAAGAAGAACAACAUGAAAGACAAAAAACUGAAAGACGACAUCAAUUUGAUCAAGCUGAAACAGAGCGUCAAGCAGCACGUGAUCAAAUUCGUGCAAAAUACAAUUUAAAUGAUGGAAAAUCGAACGUAGCUGUUAUUCCAUAA